CCCAACUGUCACGAAGUAAAUUAGCACCUCCUAGUUCGCAAACCAGUUUGAGAAAGCUUAAAGAAGAAGAGGAGUGGACAAGACAUGCCAACAUAAUGUGUGACAGAAGAGUUGUUCGCGGAAAUACAUAUGCUCUUCCACUCAUUCAAACCUGCGCUCCCAAGGAACCACAAAGACCAAAGAGAAAAAAUUUUCCAAGAAAAGCUAACACAGCAUCUCCCUCACCAGUGAAAGGACGCUUACAUAUCGAAGUUCAGACUGAACUCUAUCUCGAAGAACUGUCAGAACGAGUAGAAGAAAUUGAGGCCGAAAUACAGACCGACACAUUUAUUGACCGUCCAAAAACUCCUCUGUUUAUUCCUGCAAAAACUGGCCUCGAUGUUACUACCCAAAUUUAUGAGGGAGAUUUGUUUGACUUCGAUAUCGAAGUCGUGCCUAUCUUGGAAGUUAUCGUGGGGAAGACGAUCGAGCAGUCACUUCUUGAGAUUAUGGAAGAGGAAGAGUUAGCUAACCUCCGCGAACAACAAAGACAUUUUGAGGAACUGCGGAGUGCAGAAUUAGUCGAACAACAAAGGCUUGAAGAACAUGAUAGACGACAAAAAGAAGAAGGUUUAAAGCAAAAUUUGGAUUGCAAGGAGAACAGAAUUAGCCAGCAACGGGCCACCCUUCUCGUUGAAAAGGAAACUGCUAGGAAAAUGGCGGCCAGAGCAUUGGCUAAAAGUUACUUAACUGAUUUGGUUCCUUCCGUGUUUGACGGUCUUCGGAAAAGUGGGUAUUUCUAUGACCCCGUCGAGAGAGGUCGAAUUAAUUACUGUUUUGUUAAGAGCUUGAACGGGUCUGCAUUCCUGUCUUGA